CUUUAUAUAAUAAUCAGUCCCCUUAACACUUCUUUCCUUUCCUCUCUCUCUCUCUCUCACGGACAAUAAUGGGCAGCAAGAAAGCAUUUUCAAUCUUGGGUUGCAGUGAUAUGAAGAGAAGCCCUUCAGAAUUGGCACUUGAGGAGCUCUUUGCCUCCAAUGAUGAUAACAGAAGUCAUCAUAAAGCUGACAUUGCAUUUUUCGUUCAAAAACUCGCAAGUUCUAAAAGAAUUAUCGAGUAGUGCCUCGUUGGUAGAUAUGUCGUUUUUGUCACCGAAUCUUUAUCCUAAUCAGUCCAAGGUGAUCGACUCCCAAUCAGCCAUACGCGUUGAUGGUCAGAUGUCGACCAAGAAUCAGACGGGCUGGGAUAACCAAGCAGUUGGAGCUAGCAGUGGUUCAUCACACGAGCAAUCAGACGAAGAGGGUCAAGAGACGGAAGCCGGCUCUUGUGAUCAAAGCACUAAUCCAGUAGAUAUGAAGCGCAUCAAAAGGAUGGUUUCCAACAGGGAGUCCGCCCGGCGUUCAAGAAGGCGAAAACAAGCACAUUUAGCCGAUCUUGAACAACAGGUUGAGCAACUACGAGGAGAGCAUGCAUCCUUGUUCAAACAAGUGGCCGAUGCUACUCAGCAGUUCAAAGAUGCUACGACAAACAAUCGAGUGCUUAAAUCAGACGUCGAAGCUCUGAGAGCCAAGGUGAAACUAGCUGAAGACAUGGUUGCUCGCGGCUCGAUGACCUCAAGUUUGAGCCACCUUCUUCAAAAUUACUUGAACACGCCCCAAGACUACAUGAAUUACAACGUAAACCGCAUCGACAACGUCGCUCCAUUAGUCUCUGCUCGUGGAGACGACAACUCUCCGUAUACUGGAAUGUCUGCAGCAUCUCCCGUGCCCGAUAUGUGGACUUCUGAUCAAUCUCACAUUGCUCAGUGAAGUAAUGUAGCUUUCUUUGUAAUUCUCAGUCUACAUACUUUUGGUGCCCAAAGACUCCAAACAGAGUCCAGUAUAGUUCAGAGAGAUUAACUAGUUAUAUGGCAAGUGGAUUAUAUUCCGGGAGAUUGAUUAAUCACGUGGCAAGUGGAUUACAUCUGUGGAAAAUUUUUGUUCGGAACCAAACCAAUCACAUGGCAAGUGCAAUACACUUGUCAUAUGAUUGGUGUAUAGUUGGAUUGGUUCGGAUAAGAAUUUUUCUUACACUUAUUGUGUGAUUGGUUAAAUACAAUUAGACUUAAUUUGCAUAAGAAUAUUCCUUCGAAUUGUGUUUUUUUU